CUCACUCUCUCUCUAAAACUCUCUCGCUCUAAAGUUCUCUCUCCACUGUAAAAACCAGUCUUGCAUUUUCCAAUUGUAGGAACUUUUAAUCUCUCUCUCUCUCUCUCUCUCUCUCGUAGUCUUAGGGUUUGAGAAUCUUAGCAGCUCAAUUACCUGAGGGGUCUUGGAAUUGGGAGCUACUGAAAAGGUUAGAUCUGUUACCAGUUUACUGAAAAUGGUAGCUUUUUUGAAAAGUCAGAUUUUCUUGUAGUUGAUGAGGCAUCUGAUACUUUCUUUCCUCUAGAGCUCAGAAUGAGCUCAGUUAUUCCCUGCAAAUCCAGGAAUUCUUGUUCACGGAAGUGUAGGUUACUUGAAUCGGAAGGUUUCUAAACGAAUUUCAUAUGGUAUUGAGGAUUGUUGACGUCUUGUGGUACUGUAGAAUCUUGAAUUUGAGAUUGGAUUGUUGAUAAAGGCAGUGAACUUGAUAGAUUGAAAUGUGGGCAUUGCUCAGAAGUUCUUUAUCUUCUGGAAACCCUCUGAAAUUUGGGGUUUUGGAAGCUAUUUUCCUUUUGUGAUCAUUUGUGGAACUUAAUGAUCCAUUUUAGUGUUAUGCAUUUUUGGUCCUGAACCCUGUUUCCAGAAAUGGAAGGGUUCUAGGCCUCCUCGUUAAAGUUAAGCUGAUCUCUGGUAUUUGAAGGUGAUGAAUAUAGCUGUAACCAGUUUAGGCAAAUGGGGGGUCUUGAAUUGAGUUGCUGUUGAUCUUAAAGAAACUUCAGUGAAUGAAAACAAAGAGGAGAUUCAUUUUACAUGUUUAUACUUUAUAGUCAUGAAAGGUUACAGAUCAUUUGACUGUUGCAUUUCCUCUCUCUAGGAUUUGUAUGUUUCCCUUUAUUAUAUAGAAAUCCUUGUUGGACGACUGUUAAAUACUUCUCAAAUGCCUUGUGAAUUUUGGCCAUUUUAGAGUUCUCAGCAGGUAAUUUAUGCAGUAGUAAUCUUUGUUCAAGUCCUAUAGUGAAAACCCAAAAACAUUCAAGAUCAAUCAGAUCUCCCACAUAUGCUAAAUUCCAUGCCUUGGGUUACCCCUGUUUUUCUAGCUUGAAAUUCUGGACUUCAUUUUCCCCUAGGCCUACUCUGAACCCAGGAGUAGAAGCAAAUAUCAGGAAAAGAGAUCAUCAAUUGCGGCACAACCAUAUUUGUAUUAAUUCCUAAAAUUAAAUAUUUAAUAUGCAAGGUUUCAUCAAAUUUCUAAUUGGAGCUGGCUCCGUGUUCGUUCUGGUCUCUGUCUUGUUUGCUCUUCGAGCUUGUCGUAAAAGAUCGCAAAACUCUCCAAAUAUUCAGAAUGCUAAGUGCAUCGAAGAAGAGAAAGAGAUUGAAGAGUUGAUCCCUUUCCCAGGGGGUGAGAAUCUAACCAUCCAUGACAUAUUGGAAGCACAAGGAGAAGUAGUGGGAAAAUCCAGUUAUGGAACAGUGUAUAAGGCCUCUCUAGAGAGAGAAAACUCCCUAUUACUCCUUCGAUUUCUUCGUCCGGCUUGUACCAGGUGCAAGAAAGACGUUGUCCCUGCAAUUAGGCAACUGGGUCUUAUCAGGCAUCCUAAUCUGAUCCCCCUUCUUGCUUUUUAUUCGGGACCCAGAGGAGAGAAGCUUCUUGUUCAUCCUUUCUUCAUCAGAGGCACUCUCUUAGAGUUCAUUCGAAGUGGGAACAAAGGACUCAAAACAUGGGAAAAGCUCCGUGAAAUAUCAAUCGGUAUAGCCAAGGGACUUGACCAUCUCCACACUGGUUUUUACAAGCCGCUUGUCCAUGGCAAUCUCAAGUCAAAAAACAUAUUACUUGACUGGAAUUACAAGCCUUAUCUCUCUGACUAUGGCCUCCAUCUCCUCCUAAAUCCAGCUGCAAACCAGGAAGCCCUUGAAUCUCUCACUUCUCAAGGCUACAAAGCCCCUGAGCUCAUAAAGAUGAAGGAUGCUUCCACAGAAAGUGAUAUAUAUUGUUUUGGUAUAAUCCUUCUGGAAAUUCUCACUGGAAAAGAACCCAUGUUAUCGGAUAGAGGUUAUUCUGAUCUUCCUACCACCAUGAAAAACGCUAUUCUAGACAGGAGGGUCUCGGAGAUAUUCGACUCUGGUUUGAUAGGAAAAGUUGCUGAUUUGAAUCCCAAAAGAGAAGAAGGAUUGCUUGCAUUCUUUCAGUUGGCUAUGAGCUGUUGUGCUCCUUCCCCAUAUUUGAGGCCACAAAUUAAGCAAAUUAUUCGGAGGCUCGAAGAGAUUGCGGUGUGAGGCUUAUGCCGGUUCGCAUUGUAACAAUUAUGAUGAUGACCAUGAUAAAGAUUGAUUGUGGUUUGUUCAUCGUUGUCGCCAUUAUCGUGACUGCAAUUAUGAUUUGGGGUGUGAAUAUUUGGGUUCGUAAAGAAAACUAGCAUAAUUAGUGAUCAUAAUGAUGAUUGUGGUGGUGAUUUUGGAUCUUCAACAUAGUUAUCUUCAUGAUCAUGGCUAUGAUGACCAAACUGAUUUGCGAUGGAGGUGGUGAGGAUGAUGAUGUUGGUGGGGAGGUGAACAGGUAACAUAGGUGAUGGUAAUGAACACAGAACAAAAAGGGAACCAAGGAUGGAUAAGCAGCUAACUUUGGUGCUUAAAUGGGGAGAAGCUGGUUCUGCUUUUCAUGAAAAACUUACUGUUGAAUGUGGUCUUUCACAAGAGUCGAUUCGUGUGGCGUUCUCAGCAAUCGGAUGUCACUAGUAAGAUUUGGAUCAUCAGAACCACUCAUUCAAGUCGUACAUUUGACCGAGAUGAUUUACAGCAAUUAAGUCAUGCCAUUGGAGCAUAGUAACAAGAAUCGCCAAGCGUGCUACUGUUUCUUUGUAACAAAUCAAGUGGAAACAUCAGUUAAAUUUGGGCAGUUUAACUCGUUGAAGGUGGGUUUGUUUUUAUUUA